ACGUACAACUUGAUCAAAUUAUGACUAUAAUAUCAGAAAUAAUUAUUAAAAACAAAAACUAAAUUAAAUAUAUCAUCAAAAAGGAACAUUAAUGUUAAAAGAUGAAUACUUAAUUUUAUAUCAGUAAAAAAUAGGUGGCAAGACUGUGAAAAUCUCAGAAACAGCUGAUAGUCAAUAAUUACCUAAUAACCUAGAAUUUUGAAAAAGCUGUGUUCUUCAUAUAUGUGUUGUGUUCUUAGUGCAAAAUUUAUGGAUAAAAACAACUUUUUAUAGGAUUAUAAUUAAUGGAUUUUUAAUUGUUUGUUUAUGAACUAAAAUAAAAUAUAUGCACACUUGAUUUACUUUACUAUUGAAUUGGAAAAUCAUGUCUACAAGAUGGUAUCCUCUGUAUCAAAAAGGCAAUCCACAACUACGAGUUUUUCUACCAAACUUCUGGAUGAAAUUAGUUAAACCCACGGUUGAGCAACCAAAAAAUGUUGUACAAUUCAUCACUUCUGUUCAAAUGACAAAUCAUGAUAUUAAAAACUACCUUGAAAAGAUAUAUAAAAUACCCGUGAUAGAAGUUAAUACGACUAUAGUUUCAGGGGAAUUCAAGAAACAACCAGAUCAUCAGUAUGUCAUCAAGGAUGAUGAUUACAGAAGAGCACUUGUCACAUUGCCACGCGGGGCAGAAUUUGAAUUUCCAGAAGUAUUUCCGGAAGAAGUCAAGGAGAAGGAAGAUGAAGCUUUAGCAAAGCAUAGAAAAGAGCUGCGUAAAGGGUAUGUGGGCUUUACUUCCAAGUGUAAAAAAAGGCCAGGCGUACCAGGUUGGUUUGGCCUGUAAUGUGUAUAGUAUGUAUAAUCUUUGUAAUUAUAUAGUAACCAAUAAACUUUUCUGAAAAUCUUGA